AAUGGACCUAAUUUAUUAUUGUGUUUCCCUCAUCUCUUUUUCUUUUUUAUUUUUUUUAUCUUUUUUUUUUUUUCUAAAUUAACUUUUUUUAUAAAAAAAAAUAAGCCCUUUACUUUCCUUUUCAUGACACGACGCCUUUAAAAAAAAAAAAAAAACUAAUUCCAACCUUUCACCUCUUCAAACUCACCACAUUUAUAUAAUUAACCUCAACCUCAACCACUUUCCACUCAUUCAAUAUGCUUAGUUCACCAAGAAACUCGGUCACACACAACCAACAAGCCAAAUUAGCAGUAGACUAUAAUGAAUUACUCAAGGAGUUAUCCUCCCAUGAAAUGACGUCCGUUGGAUGUUAUACAAUAGGAGAAACGAUUGGAGAAGGCACAUUUGGCAAAGUCAAAAAGGGUUUUCACAAAUUAACAGGCCGACUUGUAGCUAUAAAGAAAAUCAGUAAACAACACGCACCGAUGAUGGCACGAGAAAUACACCACCACAGACAAUUAAAACACCCCAACAUUGUUAUGCUUUAUGAAAUGAUCACCACCGAAUCCUGUAUCCACAUCAUUUCCGAAUAUUGCCCUAAUGGCGACUUAUUAGAUGCAUUGACUGAUUCAGGUCGUUGUUCAGAAAUUAGAGUACAUAAAUGGUUUCGUCAGCUGACAGAUGCAAUCAAUUAUUGUCAUACGCGUGGAAUCGUUCACAGGGAUCUUAAACUGGAAAAUAUUUUACUCGACGCUGAAGAUAAUGUAAAAAUCUGUGAUUUCGGCUUUGCUCGAUUCACCCAAAAGAACCAAUAUCUCGAGACAUUCUGCGGUAGUCUUAGCUAUUCCGCACCAGAGGUCAUUCUGCGAAAGAAAUACACUGGUCCAGAAACGGAUAUUUGGUCAUUGGGCGUAAUUUUGUACACACUAUUAGCAGGUGAAUACCCAUUUGACGACGACUCAGAAAUCAUGACGCAACGAAAAAUUGUACAAGUGGAUUACCAAAUGCCUUUUUACUUUGCAGCCGAUCUAAGCGAUUUAAUCUCUCACAUGUUACAAUUAGAUCCAGCACAACGUAUCACCAUUGAUAAUAUUAUUGACCACCCAUGGAUGCACUCACACGAAAUAGAAGAAGAAACUUGUUUAACGCCUUCCUCUUCUACAACCACAAAUACUUCCGAUAUGGACUCAGUCUCCUCCUUUCCCGAUGAAGAUCCCCUUUUCUUACCACACGAUUUAAAGUUUUCGCCACAAGUACGAUCCAGUCUAGGCAUACUCAGACCCUCCCAACAUCAACAGCAGCAGCAACAACAACAAAAGUCUCCUCGUUUCUCCGCUCCCUUGAAUCGUCGUACGCCCAAUCCAUUUCAAAAUUCUUAUCGUUCCUCAUUACCAUCUUCCUUUCAACAAACAAGAGAUGAUGUUUCUUACAUGUCCCCCAUCGAACAACGCCUCUUUGCUGCCUUAACCGCGGCUGGCUUUGAUAAAGAUGCUCUCAUUAAAAUGCAAACUGGUGAAUGUGAUACCUCAAGUACCUUGUGGCAUCUCUUGCUCGAAAAUAUGUCCACCACAGAUCCUUCCAUGCCAUCUGUACCUGAUGCAUUGGCUUCUGCUCUUCAGUCUCGACAAGAGAAGCAUCCUAUUGACGUGGGUAUUCAAACUGGCGUCGAAGAACAAGUGCAAACAACUUCUGUACAAACCGCUGUUCAGACCACCCCCGUAGUCCAGCCGGUUGCCAUGGAGCCCAUUACUACCACAACCAAAUUUGAUUAUGAUACUGCGCCCAAACCUUAUCCCAGACCUGCUACCACUCAGCGACCGAUCCAGACAGUUGGAUUCGGUUCCACAUCCAUGAACGGAGAAAAAUCCGGAUGGUUCACUUCGGUCAAGUCCUGGUUUGGAUCCAAACAACAACAGCAACAACAACAGUUACAGAUGAUGCAACAGCAGAACGAACUGAUAUUGAAACACCAAGAAAGACAACGUCAAGGUAGACCUUUAUCCCAAUGUUCCUCACCCGUUGCUUCACCUUCCAGUUACCGAGAAUUCGAUACUUCACAAAAAGAACAAGACGGUAUGAUGAUGACACCACCGAUUUAUCGAACUGGAUCACAAAAGUAUCGUCGUCGUGUGCUUCAAUUAAGUCAACCUGCCGUCAGUGAAUUAGAUCAAUUGACGUACAAUGGCACGACAUUGAAUCAUCAACAACAACAACAGCAGCAGCAACAACACAUACAGCAGCAACAACAGCAACAGCAGCAGGUAUAUCAAACCCCUCAACCACCACUGAAUCUGCAUGCUGUAAAUAUGCCUCCUACUGCUUUAACCACACGUUCUCUAGUGGCAGAUUCCUUCUCAAUCUUAAACGCAUCGUGUCAGCCCAAAGAAAUUGAUAUGUGUGAAAAACGAUAUUCAAUGUAUCGACCUGCACCCCAAGCUACACCACCUCCUUCUCCACCCGCUAUUCAGGAAGAAGAAGAGCAAGUGAUUUUGGAGGAAAAGGUGUUAACUCCCCUUCCUUCUACAGAUGAUUUGAUCAAGAACAACCUGUCUGAUUUCUCGUCGGAUUCUUCCGAUUGUAGUAGUAUGAGUGAUUCUGAAGAAGAGCCAACCACCACCACCACCACCACCACCACUACCGACAACAGCAGCAGUUCAGCUCCUUCCCUCGCACGACCUCGAUCGAAUCGGUUUGAAUUUGCACCAAGAUCACGUCUAAGUGUUUACGGUAUGCAAGAACCAAGAGGCAUGAGUUCGAAAACCAUUAUAGAAGAAGAAGAAGAGGAAGAAGAUGAAUUUUAGAACCACCUUUUUCUCCCCUCCACCUUUACACCAUUAUUUCUUUUCUCUCUUAUACACAUAUCCCAAAACUUGUAGUUUUUUUAUUCUUAUUAUUAUUAUUAUUAUUCUCUUUAUAUCCCCCCACACCCACACACACCCAUUUCAUCAUUUUUUUUUUAUCAUUUUUUUUUUUUUUAGUUAAUUUCAUAUGCUUUUACUACUAGACUAAAAAACUUUUUUUUUUUUGUUUUUUUUUUAUUUUGUUGAGAAG